AUGGACUUGGAGGGUUCUCUGCAGAGCUGGUAUAUGGUCCGCUGCUUCGGGCUUGCUUGGGGAGCACAGGGAGCGCCGGAGAGGGGAGAGGGCGGGCAGACCCGGGCCACGUUUGGCUCUGAGACCCCGGAGUGGGCUGCAGCGCCCCAUUUGUGCAGAGUUUGUGGCGGAAGGCGAUGCAAGAUGGAUGCUCUUAAGGAACUGAGCGCGGGCAAGGACUGCUCCAAUACAGAGAUGCUCUUCGCUUUGCUGGCACAGAAUGAGGACGUGCGCAAAGAAAUCCCUCUCUGUGCAGGCUGCAACCAACACAUUGUGGACAGGUUCAUCUUGAAGGUGCUGGACAGACACUGGCACAGCAAAUGCCUGAAAUGCAGCGAUUGCCAGACCCAGCUGGCUGAGAAAUGCUUCAGCAGAGGGGACAGCGUGUAUUGCAAAGAGGACUUCUUCAAGAGGUUUGGGACAAAAUGUGCAGCCUGUCAGCAGGGGAUCCCCCCGACCCAGGUGGUGAGAAGGGCCCAAGAUUUUGUCUACCACCUGCACUGCUUCUCUUGCAUCGUGUGUAAAAGGCAGCUGGCCACGGGGGACGAGUUCUACCUCAUGGAGGACAGCCGGCUGGUCUGUAAAGGAGACUAUGAGACCGCCAAGCAGAGAGAGGCGGAGUCCACGGCAAAAAGACCCCGAACCACCAUCACAGCUAAGCAGCUGGAAACCCUGAAAAACGCGUAUAACAAUUCCCCCAAACCUGCCAGGCACGUGAGGGAGCAGCUGUCCUCAGAGACCGGGCUGGAUAUGAGAGUCGUACAGGUGUGGUUCCAGAACAGAAGGGCUAAGGAAAAAAGACUAAAGAAAGACGCUGGGAGGCAGAGAUGGGGCCAGUAUUUUAGGAAUAUGAAAAGAUCCCGGGGGAAUUCAAAAUCUGACAAGGACAGUAUCCAGGAGGAAGGCCCAGACAGUGAUGCUGAGGUCUCCUUUACAGAUGAGCCCUCUAUGUCAGAAAUGAGUCACUCCAAUGGGAUUUACAGCAACCUAAAUGAAGCUUCUCCUGCUUUGGGGAGACAAGCUGGGACCAACGGGAGCUUCUCUUUGGAACAUAGUGGCAUUCCUGCUCAGGACCAGUACCACGACCUCAGAUCCAACAGCCCCUACGGGAUACCCCAAUCACCAGCUUCUUUGCAGGCAUUGCCAGGCCACCAACCUUUAAUCUCAAGCUUGGUUUAUCCAGACAACGGUUUAGGCAUCAUAGCUCAAGGUGGACAAGGCGUGCCCCAGCCAAUGAGAGUCUUAGGUGGGAAUGGACCCAGUUCUGAUCUCUCUACAGGGAGCAGUGGAGGGUAUCCAGACUUCCCUGCCAGCCCUGCCUCUUGGUUAGAUGAAGUUGAUCAUGCCCAGUUUUGA